CAACCACAUACUCCUAUACACCAUGUUCUCAUUUCUGCGUCGAACAGCAGGUGUGGCUGCCGAAUCCACCGCCAAAGGUAAUUACUCGCACAGCGGAUGCGAAUACCAAACGAUACUGACCGAUAUCUUUUGGCACAGCGCUUCGCAUGGAGGGUCUCCAGGGAUGGCAAAGAGAACUGCCCAUGGCAUCCUUAAAUACUUUGCAGGAUCUCGACCUCUGGGCCAUUGGCUGCGAUAAAGACAUUGGUGGAUUUUCAGAAGCUCAUUUAGACGUGACGCCGCAGAACACAGGUCGCUUUCACGGCCACAUUUCCCUCGAGUUACCUGCCAAUCGCGAGAUUCAACAAAGCGGCUAUGCUGCUAUUCGCACCAAAGCCCAACCAUCGUCCAUGUUUGGCACGCCUUGUUGGGAUACCAGCAUUUUUCGAUACUUGGCCUUGCGUGUGCGUGGAGAUCGCCGACGAUACUUUGUUAAUAUCCAAACCGACGGAGUCAUUCAGACCGAUCUGUAUCAGCAUCGAUUAUUUUUACGAACACCCGGUGACUGGGAAACAGUCAUGAUUCCUUUCCGAGAUUUCAUAUUGACGAAUAAUGGCAUGAUACAAGAGCAACAAGUGGAGAUGUUUCGAGAAAAAGUGAAAACUGUCGGUAUAUCUUUAAUGGAUCGACAAGAGGGACCAUUUGACAUCGAGAUUGACUGGAUCAAAGCGAUGAAUACCGAGUUUACAGAAGGUGAUUUGGAUCGAAUUCCACCCAAAGAAAAGACUUCCAUGCUGUAAGAUUGUGUAAAAUAAAAAUAAAAAUUGAUACUCCGUUCUUUGAAAACAAGCCAA